ACUACGGUAUUCCCUCGAACACGGCUCCGCGACUCAGCCCCUUCCUCUUCCUCUUGCUCUCCGAGGAGUUUUUCCCAUCCAAACCGCGUGAUCCGAGCGAUCGACCCCGCUCUCGCCGGAGCGCUCCACCGCUAGACGCCAGCCCACCACCCUUGCGGGCGCCGAUGGAAUACGACUUCCGGGGCAGGUCGGGCUCCUACGGCGCGCCUCCGGGGGGCGCGUCCGCCGGCUCGUCGCUCUACCCGCGCGUCGGCCAGCCCUCCCACGGUGGGGGCGGGGGCGGCGCCGCCGCGUCGCCGCGGGCCGCGCCGUACCACCACGGGCCCGCCGCGUCCGGGCCCUCGGCUCCCAUCGUUACGCCGCUCGCUCCCACCCCGUCGUCCUCAUCGAAAGUGGGCAUACAAGUUGUGAUAAAGCCUGAAUAUCGCAUUACCCCUCCUCCUCAAUUGGCACCACAUAUGGUAGAAAUUCCUCGCAGCACCUUCAACUUCGACUUUGAAUAUGAGAGAAAGAUUCUUGCUGAGGCAGAGAAGGAGAAUCCCAACUGGAGCAAGUUUGUGGUAGAAAGGCAGACACCAGUCACGCCUCAGACAGUGCCACAGCAGGCUAGACCAGUGUCUUCAGGGGAUCCAGUUGUGGACAAGUAUGUCGCCAUGGGCCUUGGACGUGAAUCUGUCUCAUUUGCUGUGUUGAAUUAUGGAGAUAAUCCAGUGAAGGUGAAGGAGUUCGUGAAAUCCUACAACAUUCUCCACGAGAUGGGCUUCACGUCCCCGAACGUCCCCGAGCUGCUGGCCAUCCACGACAACGAUCCUGACAAAGUCAUCCAGCGCUUGCUCUCCUCGCCGUCCUGAUCCCAGAACAAGACGCCUCACAUAUGUACACCCCCAUGUACAGCCUCAUCCUAUGCCGGCAAGCAUCAUGCAUGUCACAUGUAAUGGAGUUCGGAGCGGUCGAUCUACGAUGAACACGAUUGUAUGGUUGUAUCCCGUCACCCGUUUGGUGAUUUUUGCACCGUUUCUUUCACGUCUGAAUCUUUUUGUCAGCGCAUGUAGUACAUCGUACUGAUUGCCGAAUGAUGAUUCUUAUCUCAAAGUGUCACGAGCUUAUCUC